AUGCAACUGCGGCUGGUGAAUGGAACUGCCUGGUCUGGACGACUAGAAGUGUUUCACGAAGGAAAAUGUUCAGGAGCGGUAGCCGUCAGGUCGGACUUGUACGGCCAAGGAUCAGGAUUUAUUUUUCGAAAACACGUAAAAUGCUCUGGAAGUGAGACCAGCUUCUCGCAAUGUGAAUUCGGGAGCAUCUACUACUGCGAGCACUGGAUGGAUGUCGGUGUCAUCUGCAACUCCCCUGGGGAGCUAACCCCGCGUUUAGUGAAUGGAGCUCACUGGUCUGGACGUUUGGAGAUUUUAGUAAACGGAACAUGGAGCUCAAUGUAUGAACUGGAAUUCGGAAACAACGAAGCACAGGUGGUUUGCAGAAUGCUCGGUUUAAACAGUCCUGGAGCUGUAAGUGUGACUUCAGAUAUGUACGGUGUGGGUUCCGGAGAUAUUUUUGCUGUACCAAUAAAAUGUACAGGAGCAGAAAGUAAGCUAUCAGAGUGCAAGCGCGUCAAACUCAAACUAUAUGACCCCCAUCACUGCGCGGAUGUCGGAGUCAUUUGCAAUAUUCCUGGACAGAUUACUCCUCGUCUAGUGGAAGGUAGUGCGUCUUCCGGUCGCCUUGAGAUUCUGUAUAACGGAACUUGGAAUUUAGUGUGUGAUGAAGGGUUCGGGCUACAAGAGGCAGAGGUGGCCUGCAGGAUGCUUGGUUUUGACAGUCAUGGAGAAGCCAGUGUAAUGUCACUUAUCCACGGCAACAGUUUUACAAGAACUAUUUCUGGAAACGUGACCUGCAUGGGUACAGAGAGGAGUCUGGCUGAAUGCCAACAUCCGGGCUUCAAUACCAUUGACUGUGAAAAGUCGCAGGUCAUCGGCAUCUCUUGCAGUUUCCGUAAGAACGAAUUUAAUAUGAAACGAAUAAAGCAGAUUCUCCACACACUCAAAGAGUUAUAG